GUCGCUUGUGCUCGCUUGACGACUCUCCCGCGCACGCUAAAGAAACGCCGAAGGCGGCAUGAAUCAAAGCGGUGUGCGUUUCGAAAUGGUCAUCCAAACGUUCGAACGCACGAUGCAUGUACUCAAUCUAGGUUUAUUGGGCACGCCGAAUCCAGAAGAUCUCUGUCCCGGAUCUAGUAGGGCUUCUAACCUUUCCCCCUUAAUCUCAGGAAUCAAAGGUACGCUGACGUUCCUUCCUAUUUCGCUGUCGUAUGGAUCUCUAACCCCGAUCCCUUUCGUUCCGGUUCUUGGAUUUGUCGGCCAAUUGUCCUGGAGUGCGACUGUCGCGUUGGAUUAGGCUACAAGAUUGGGUUUUGGGGCUGUGCCUUUGGUUGAAUAGCGGAGACCCGAGGACUUAAUUCUGGGAGGACAGUACCCUGGAUACGUCACUCAACCUGUUGCCGUAGUCUUGGGAAAUUAAUCUUAUAUCAAAAGAUCACUUUUCUUUCCAGUUUUGUCAAUCUAUAAAAUCAUCUGCUCUUUGCGGCUUGUGAUAGUUAUUUACUAGUGAGUCUGAGUUGAUUACAAUGAAUACACUCGUGCAUGCUGCAAAUCUUGCUCUUUUAGGUCUGACCUUAGCUCCACUAUUAGUGAAGAUAAAUCCCAAUGUGAAUGUAGUUUUGACAGCAUGCUUGACUGUUUAUGUUGGUUGCCAUCGUUCAGUCAAGCCAACGCCACCUCCAGAGAUGAUAUCAAACAAGCAUGCCAUGCGAUUUCCUUUUGUCGGAAGUGCAAUGCUGUUAUUGUUGUUUCUGCUUUUCAAAAUUUUCUCCAAAGAUUUGGUUAAUGCAGUACUGACAUGUUACUUCUUUAUUCUCGGGAUUGUGGCUAUCUCAGCAACAUUAUCACCAGCAAUUAAGCGUUUUCUUCCAGAACAUUGGAACAAUGACCUCAUAAUUUGGCGUGCUCCUUAUUUUGAUUCUGCUUCAGUAGAGUUCACCAGGUCCCAGAUUGUUGCCUCAAUACCAGGAACUUUCUUUUGCCUCUGGUAUGCUUUGAAGAAGCAUUGGCUGGCAAACAAUAUUUUGGGAAUUGCAUUCUGCAUUCAGGGAAUUGAAAUGAUGUCAUUGGGAUCAUUCAAAACUGGUGCCAUUCUUUUGGUUGGACUAUUUUUUUAUGAUAUCUUUUGGGUAUUCUUCACGCCUGUGAUGGUUAGUGUUGCUAAAUCUUUUGAUGCUCCAGUAAAGCUUCUAUUCCCAACUUCUGAUGCUGCACGACGAUUUUCUAUGCUUGGACUUGGUGAUAUUGUUAUUCCUGGGAUUUUUGUAGCAUUGGCAUUGCGCUUUGAUGUGUCAAGAGGAAAGAAAAUAUGCUAUUUCAAUAGUGCCUUUUUGGGAUAUACUAUUGGUUUGACCUUAACAAUCAUUGUCAUGAACUGGUUUCAAGCUGCCCAGCCUGCUUUGCUUUAUAUAGUCCCUGGUGUUAUUGGAAUUGUGGGUGCUCAUUGCCUUUGGAAUGGGGAUGUAAAAAUGCUGUUGGAGUACGAUGAAUCGAAAACCUCAUCUGAACUAAGCAGCAGCAGUAGCAGUUCACCUCGAGAUGAAGACGCCAAAGCCGACAAGAAGGUGGAUUAGUUUGCCAUUUGUUGCUGAAGUAAAACAAAAGUUUUGGUAUUUUGCAUCUGACGGCAUCCAACUAAUUCCCAGAGCAUCAUUGUUCCCGAUUGGUUCUUGAAACACCGAUGCUUUAAUGAAACACAAUAAAAUCUUAUUAGCUAAAUUUAUGUGCGCCUCUGUCUGAAGUGUUUAAUUUACUGUUCCUUUGUGUAGGAUUUUAUCCUGUAAUCACUGGUUUUGAAACAUGCUGAAUGACACAGUGAAUCACCAAGUGUUGGUGAGUCUGAGA